AUGGACGAGGAUGACGAGGGAAAUGAGUCAUUUGAGAUCAAUGAUCAGGAUUUGGAAUAUGCGAUGAAUCCGGGACGACGACAUUUUCAGUCAAAGGAACAGGCUACUUAUGGUGGGGUGAGGGCGAUAUUUGAUAGAUUUUGCAGAAAUAGAAUAUAGUGUAGUUGCGCAGGGGUCAGAAAUAUUGGGAAUUUGUGAAAUGUUUGAGAUUUUCAGGAAUUUGGUCGACUCGCGAUGAAAGUGAUGAAGAUGAACGAAGUUCCAAGGGACCAGUGAAGUAAGUAUGAAGAAAAGCUUGGUUUGUUGUGAAAAAUUGUUCGGAAAGCUGUGAAUUCAAAGUUUUUAUUCGCAAAUCUUGAAAAAUGAUGUGUUUUUGUGUGAAUGUGCUGAAAAUCGCUGAAAAUAGCGCUAGGGGCUUUUAGGUUGCCUGAAAAUCGAAUUUUUAGAUGGAAAAUGACGUGAAUUGUAAUUUUCCAGCUGAAAUUUGAUUUUCAGACAAAUUAAAAGGUUCUAGCGCUAUUUUCACCGGUUUUCAGCAUACUUAGACGAAAAUACAUCAUUUUUCAAGAUUUUUGAAUGGAAACCGUGGGUUUCUAUGACGUGGCAUUCUUGUGCUGCAGGUUUGCCACGUCAUAGCAAUCCGCUCAAACCUCCAAGUCCUAUUCUGAAAUAUCUGAUAAAAAUCUGAAAACUGGAGAAAAUUCCAGCAUUUUUCAGAUUUUUAUUGGAAUUUCAGCAGAGAUGCGGAAGCUAUGCCCAAAAUUCGAGCGGAGCGAGUGUAAACCGCAAGCUUCCGCUUUAGCGGCCACGUGGGAACUGUACUGAUAGUAAACCACGUGGCCGCUAAAGCGGAAGAUAGUGCCGCUUACGCGGAAGCUUGCGGUUUACACUCGCUCCGCUCGAAAACCCUUUUCAAGUCCCAUUCUGAAAUAUCUGAUAAAAAUCUGAAAACUGAAAUUUUCAGCACGAAUUUUGGGACGAUUCAGUAACUAUAAACUAGUUUCUCAGAAACUAGUUUAUAUUCUGAAUCGUCCCUUAAUUUGUGCUGAAAUUCCAGCAUUUUUCAGAUUUUUAUUGGAAUUUCAGCAGAGAUGCGGAAGCUAUGCCCAAAUUUUGAAUUUUUCCGAGCGGAGCGAGUGUAUACCGCAAGCUUCCGCGCAGCGGCACUAUCUUCCGCUUUAGCGGCCAGGUGGUUUACUAUCCGUACAGUUUCCACGUGGCCGCUAAAGCGGAAGAUAGUGCGGAGGCUUGCGGUUUACACUCGCUCCGCUCGAAUACCCCUUCCAUGUGAUUUUCUGAAAUAUCUGAUAAAAAUCUGAAAACUGGAAUUUUCAGCACAAAUUAUAGGAAAAUUCAGUAACUAUAAUUUAGUUUCUGAAUCGUCCCAUAAUUUGUGCUGAAAUUCCAGCAUUUCUCAGAUUUUUAUUGGAAUUUCAGCAGAGAUGCGGAAGCUAUGCCCAAAUUUUGAAUUUUUUUCGAGCGGAGCGAGUGUAGGCAAAGUUAUUCUAACUUCUUUGGCCGAUGAAAAUUUUGAAUUUUUUCAGCAAACGUGGAAAAUACACGGCUCCCGUUGGAUUCGUGAGUGGCGGAAUUCAACAAGGCUCCUCAAAAAAACCCGAUAAAAAUGAUCCGGAUACCGUAUCCCAAGCCACUUAUUCCUCAUCAAAAACAUCAGAAGACGGUGCAAUUCAAAUCGAUUUCGGAAAACGCGCAAAACCCAAAGAAAGCGGAAGAAACGGCGCGGAAGUGUUUGCGGGAAUGCGGAGUUCCGCGACAAAAGGAACUAUAGAUCCGAAUAAAUAUUGCGAUUGGUUGAAACAUGGAAAAGGAAGUGUUGUGAUGAAAAUGAUGGAAAGUAUGGGAUAUAAACAAGGAGAAGGAUUGGGUGCGGAAGGACAGGGAAUUGUUGAGCCAGUGCAGGCGGCAUUGCGGAAAGGACGCGGAGCUGUUGGAGCAUAUGGAAAAGAGAUGACGGGCCCGAAAUUUGGAGAAUCCGCAGCUGAUGCGCAAAAACGCUUGGCUUCUGGAGGUUCUGUAGGGAAAUUCGAGGAAGAUGAUCAAGAGAAACCAGAGAAAAUAUCGAUUAAAGGAGGAUGGAAGAAAUCGCAGAGGGUUCAAACUAGAUACAAAACAAUGGAAGAUGUGAUGGAGGAGAAAAUGGGAGGAAAUGGAGGUUCUGCGAAAAUAUCGAGGGAACACGCGCAGACUAAAGUUAUUGAUAUGACUGGACCACAGCAGAGGGUUUAUUCGGGUAUGUCUAGAGAUUUUGGGGAUUUUUGGAAGAAAAAUGUGGAAAAAUCGGGGAUUUUUCACUCUAGAUGUGGAAAUUUGCAUGAAAAUCGCCGAUUUUUGACUAGAAAAUCGAAAAAUUCCGGAAAAAUUGUUGAUUUUUGACGAAAAACGUGAAAAAUUGAAUAUUCCCUUGAUUCCUUGGGUUUCUAGGCCAUGACAAAAUUUACAUGAAAAAUUCUGGGAAAAUUGGUUUUCUAGGCCUCGGACUAGCUUUUAUUUUGUAAAUUUUGGUUUUCUAGGCCGGGACCUAGAUUUUUCGAUCAAAUCGAUGAAAACUUGGUAUUUUAGGCCACGGACGAGUUUUCAAUGACCAAAAACCAUGAAAUUUUGGUUUUCUAGUCCGCGGAAAAAUCUUCAUGACCUAGAAAUCAAAAAAAUUGGGUUUCUAGGCCAUGAGUUGAUUUUGGACACAAUCAGAAGUCUAAAUUACAUUUUUUCACAAAAAUUUAUAUUUAUUUUUGAUUAGAAAUCGAUUUUUGAGCUGAAAAUCAUCAAUAAAUAUGGAUUUUGAGCAAAAAUAUACUAAAAACAGCAAAUGCGCUCUAUUGAACUCUCCCCGUUUUCAAGGAAAAUUCAAUUUUUCAUUUUUUUUUUCGAAAAUGAAUUUUUGAGCAAUUUUUCCUGGAAAUCAUGAUUUUUGAGCUGAAAAUCAAAGAAAAUGAUGAAUUUGAGCCAAAAUUGACUGAAAAUAGCAAAUGCACUCUAUUGAACUUUCCCCGUUUUCAAAGAAAAUUCAAAUUUCUCUUUUUUUUUGCAGGUUAUGAUUCAUUUUCAAUGAAAACCAAAUCCGAAUAUGAAUUAGAAGAUGAUGAAAAACGAGAAGUAUUUGAUGUUCCUGAAUUAAUUCAUAAUUUGAAUUUAUUAGUUGAUUUGACUGAAGAAUCUAUAAGAAGAAAAAAUCAACAAAUAAUAUCAAUAAAAGAUCAAACAACAGCAUUGGAAUAUGAUCGAAAACAGAUCAAAAAUGCAUUGGAAAAUGAGGAAAAUGAACAGAAGAAAAUUGAGAAUGUUUAUAGUUUGAUCAAUGGAUUUGCAGCUGGAAAUAAUGCUGGAAUGAAUGAAUGCCAAGAAUUAAUGAGAAAAUUGAGAAACGAAUAUCCGAAUGAAUAUCGGAUUUAUAGCCUGGAAUCUGUGGCAAUUCCUGUGGUUUUACCUUUGGUGGGUGAUUUUUUAUGGAUUUUGAGCUGAAAAUGGUGAAAAAAUGAUGAAUUUUGACCCAAAAAUAGCAAAUGCGCUCCAUUGAACACUCCCCGUUUUUCUGAAAAAUUCAAAUUUUCUUUUUUUUUUCACUGAUGAAUUUUGAGCCGAAAUAGACUGAAAAUAGCAAAUUUUCGACUAGGAAUCGAUUUUUUGAUGUAUAUAUUGAGCUGAAAUUCAUAAAAAUGAUUGAUUUAAACCCAAAAUUGACGGGAAAUAACAAACGCGCUCUAUUGAACUCUGCUCACAUUUUUGAAAAUUCAAAUCUGAUCAAUUUUUGACCCAGAAAACGAAUUUUUUGCUGAAAAUCAUGAAAAAUCAUGAUUUUUGACCGAAAAUUGACGAAAAAUAGCAAAUGCGCUCUAUUGAACUCACCCCGUUUACAAGGAAAAUUCAGAUUUUCAUUUUUUUUUUCUUCAGCUUCAAAAAUUCUUCGAAAAUUGGCGUCCUUUGGAUCCGGAACAUGUAAUUUAUGGUGUUGAAUUGAUGAGAGAAUGGAAUGAGAUUUUGACAGGAGGAGAAUCGAUGAAAUCCACUUUUGGAAUGAAUAAAAGUAGUUUUGGUAAGUGGAUUUUGGGAUUUUUGAGGGGAAAAUCGAAACAAUCUUCAAAAUUAGGUCCAGAAAGUUCCCCUAACUUCAAAAUUUCCUCAAAAAAUUUUUUUUUCAGACGAAAUCCCAGCAUAUGAUCGAUUAAUUUGGGAAGGUUGGCUACCUUCUCUUCGAAAAUCAACACUUUCCUGGGAUCCGCGAGAUGAAAUGGAAGAAAUGAUGAAUUUAAUCGAAACUUGGAUUCCUUUAUUACCAAAUUGGAUAAAAGAGAAUAUUUUGGAACAAUUAAUUAUACCUCGAAUAAAUGAACGAGUUAAUAAUUGGGAUCCAACAAAAGAUCCAAUUCCAAUACAUUCUUGGCUUAUUCCAUGGUUGGUUAUAUUAGGUGAUCGAAUACAAAUUGUUAUGCCACCAAUUCGACAAAAAUUACAAAAAGCGCUGAAGUUAUGGGAUCCGAAAGAUCGAAGUGCAAUGGGUAUUUUAAGGUAAAUAAUUAAUGGGAAAUUAACUAAAAUGAACAAAUGCGCUCUAUCGAACACUAGAAAUCGAUUUCUGAGCUAUAAAUCAUGAAAAAUGAAGAAUUUUGAGCGAAAAAUAGCAAAUGCGCUCCAUUGAACUAUCCCCGUUUUCGGGAAAAAUUCAAAUUUUCAUUUUUUUUUCUUGAUGAAUUUUGAGCAAUUUUUGCUGGAAAUCAUGAUUUUGAGCUAUAAAUCAUCAAGAAUUAUUGGAUUUGAGCCAAAAUUGGCUAAAACUAGCAAAUGUGCUCCAUCGAACACUCCCAGUUUGUAGGAAAAAAUCAAUUUUUGAGCUAAAAUCAUGAAAAUUAAAGAAUUUUGAGCGAAAAAUAGCAAAUUCGCUCUAUUGAACUCUCCCCGUUUCUGCGAAAAAUUCAAAUUUUCAUUUUUUUUUUCCUGAUGAAUUUUGAGCUGAAAAUAUUAAUUUUGAUGAAAAAAUGGCCUAAAAUUAUACAAAAAUCAAGUUUUUUCAGACCGUGGAAAGAUGUUUGGUCGACGGGAACAUUUUCCGCUUUUUUGGCACAAAAUAUUGUACCGAAAUUGGCGAAAUCGUUGGAAGAAAUGGAGCUGAAUCCAAAGAUUGAAUCCAGAAUAUGAAGAAUGGAAGGCGGUGAUGGAUUGGAUGGAAUUUAUUCAACCACCAGAUCCUAUUGUUAAUAUUGUCGUGAAACACUUCUUUCCAAGGGUUGGUGCGGGGUUUUGGGAGCGAAAUUUGAGAAUUUUCAUGAAAAUCUUGAUUUUAGGCUUGAAAAUGGGGCUUUUUGGGGUAUUUUGGACCAAAAAUUAAAGAUUUUUGUCGUUUUUAACACCAGAAAAUGUAAAAUUCGCGAUUUAUUGAGGCGGGGACUAGAAAACCAAUUUUGGAAAACCUAGUCCCCGACUUCAAAUCGCAAAAUAUUGAUUGAAAACUUGUGAGCUUGCGGAAAAACGAAUUCAAACCAAAAUUGUCGAGUUUCUUUGAAAAACUGGUCGAAAACCUUGAUUUUUAUCAUUUUUCAAUUGAAAAUUGCUUCAAAUCUGGUUUGUUUUCUGAAAAUGCUGAAAAUCACUUCUGAUGCAGUAGAUUUUGAAAAAUUCGUACAUUUUUCGAAAAAAAAAUAAAAAAAAUAUUUUUAUUGAAAAAUUUGAAUUUCUAUUUUUAGCGCCAAUAAUAGGCGUGGCCGAGUUUAGCUAAAAACUAGGCCACGCUGAUUUUCGCCGCCAAAUAUUAGAAAUUCAAAUUUUUUCCCGGAAAAAACGUGGAUUUUUGGCGCCAAAUUCGAAAAUUUUCCAAUUUUUUGCAGUUUAUCGAAGUAUUGUGUCGUUGGCUGGAUUCACCAAAUGCAAAUAUAGGCGAAGUGAAAAUGUGGUAUUCAGAAUGGAAAAAUCGAAUUCCCCCAAAAAUUGCGCAAUUCCCUACAGUAACCGAUUGGUUGAAAAGAUCACUGAUUUGUAUUGGAAAAUCGAUGCAAGGCGAGCGGGUUUCGAAUUUGCCGCUUCCGCUUCCGCUUCCGCAACAGCCGCAAAUGGCACCAAAUUUCGCGCCAAGGCCGCAAGUUCAACAAAUAUCAUUGAAAGAUGCGAUUGAAAUGACUGCUGCGCGGAAUGGAUUCACUUAUCAUCCGCAAAAGGAUCGAUUUAAGGAUGGAAGACAGGUAAGGAUGGUUUUUGACUGAAAAUUUGAGCUCAGGCUGAAAUUUGGGGCUUUUUGAUAGGAAAUUCGAGAUUUUUGGGGAAAUUCUGAUAUGAGCAAUGCCAGAUUUUCAGAGAUUUUGAUGAAAAAUGAGUUUUUUUUAAUUUUUAAAGAAAAUUUGAAUUUGUGAGACAAUUUCCAAGAAUUUUGUAAGUUUUCACAUCAAAAAUCUACGUGGCAAGUGCAAAAAUAUGAAAAUUUCAAAUUUUACACCAUUUUGUAGCUCAAAAAUCCCCAAAUCUCACGAUUUCCUCAAAGUUCACCUAAAAAUGUGAUUUUUGGCUGAAAAUUUGAGCUCAGGCUGAAAUUUGGGGUAUUUUGAUAGGAAAUUCGAAAUUUAUGGUGAAAUUAUGAUAUGAGCAAUGCUUUUGCGAUGGAAAAUUUGAAAUUUAACAUGAGUAAUCUUGUUUAUUUGAAAUCUAACAUGAGCAAUGCCAGAUUUUCAAAGGCUUUGAUGAAAAGUUCGAAUUUCUAGAGAAAAUUUGAAGAAUGUUUACGUCAAAAUUUAAUCCACGUGGGAAAAAUUGAAUUUCGCAGCAAAAAUAUGAAAAUUCAAAUUUUACACCAUUCUGAAGCUUAAAAAUCCUCAAAUCUCACAAUUUUCUCAAAAUUUGACCUGAAAAUAUGAUUUUUGGCUGAAAAUUUGAGCUCAGACUGAAAUUUAGGGUGUUUUGAUGGUAAAUUCAAGAUUUUUGGUGAAAUUCUGAUAUGAGCAAUGCUAAAAAAUUUGAAGUUUAACAUGAGCAAUCUUUUUUGUUCCAAUUCUAACAUGAGCAAUACAAAAAAAAGUGUUUUACACCAUUUUGAAGCUCAAAAAUCCCCAAAUCUGAUUUUUGGCUGAAAAUUGAGCUUUUUCCCAUGAAAAUUCAAAUUUCAGGCCAUUUUCAGACCUAAAAUCCCCAAAUCUCACAAUUUUCUCAAAAUUUGACCUAAAAAUAUGAUUUCUGGCUGAAAUUCAAGCUUUUCCUAUUGAAAUUUCAAAUUUCAGACCUAAAAUCCCCCAAUUUUUUGCAGGUUUAUUGGUUCGGAACAGUUUCAAUGUACAUCGAUUCAGGAAUGGUUUUUGUGAUGGACCCGAAGGAAUUUGUUUGGAGACCAACUGGAUUAGAUGAACUUAUUCGAUUGGCUGGCGGAUAA